AUGAAUCGAGUUGGUAGGGAAUUUGGAAAGAAUUCUGUUGCUUUACGGUAUUAUUUUUAUCAUAGGAGUAGCAAGGCAUUGGACGAGGUUUUAUUUCAUGAGCAGUUGGGUUCGAGGCUGGCGCGGGCAGGGAAGUUAGAGUUCUGCAAGUCGGGGUAUUCUAAGGUUAUUAAUAGUGGUCGGACGCGGGUUCCUUUUAUGGAUGUGGUGAUAUCCAGUGAGGAUUCGGUCGGGCUUUUGAAGGUUCUUUUCAAUAUUGCUGGGAUACGUAUUGGAGGGUCAGGGUUAGUUGAGAGAAAUGGUGCUAUUGGGGCGGCGAGGGCCUCCAAAGAGAAACACUUUGUGACGUUGGGAAAGCAUGACGAACUGAUUAAUUAUAGAAAAGGUUUGUGUUGGGCUGAAACGGCUGAUGGCUGUUUGUUUCCGUUGGAUGGGAGUAUCAAGUAUAAACUGGAUGGAUGCGGGGAAUUGGCAGAGAGAGCCAUGGAUAGGGAUGAUGCAUUGAUGAAGUGGCGUGGUGCGUUUUAUGAUUCUUAUGCUGGGGAAUCAGCUGUCUUUUUGAAACCGAUUUUGUUUGCUGGUUAUAUCAGUUUGCCGGCACCCAUUAAGCACUGGAUGCAGGAAUGUUUACCCCCGCAGGAGUUUUCGCAGGUAGAUAUGAAGCUGUCGGAUAAUCUGUUGUAUGGUUUUAGAGGGUUUAAAGGCCACUGA